AUGUCCACCGAGGCCGUUGGAGACUUUGGCCUGAUCGGUCUGGCCGUUAUGGGCCAGAACCUGAUCCUCAAUGCCGCCGAUCACGGCUUCACAGUCGUUGCCUUCAACCGAACCGUUGCCAAGGUCGACCGCUUUUUGGCCGAUGAGGCCAAGGGCAAGUCCAUUGUCGGUGCCCACUCCAUCAAGGAGUUCGUCUCGAAACUCAAGAAGCCCCGCCGCAUGAUGAUGCUCGUCAUGGCUGGCAAGCCCGUCGACGACUUCAUCGAGCUCCUUCUCAACGAGGGUGGCGUCGAGGAGGGCGACAUCAUCAUCGACGGUGGCAACUCGCACUACCCAGACACGAACCGCCGCACAAAGUACCUGGCCCAGAAGGGCAUCCGAUUUGUCGGAACCGGUGUCUCGGGAGGUGAAGAGGGUGCUCGCUACGGACCUAGCAUCAUGCCUGGUGGUAACGAGGACGCUUGGCCAUACAUCAAGGAUGUCCUCCAGUCCAUUUCUGCAAAGUCUGACGGCGAGGCCUGCUGCCAAUGGGUCGGUGACGAAGGUGCCGGUCACUACGUCAAGAUGGUCCACAACGGUAUCGAGUACGGUGACAUGCAGUUGAUCUGCGAGGCUUACGACAUCAUGAAGCGUGGUCUGGGCAUGACCAACAAGGAAAUGGGCGACGUCUUCGCGCAAUGGAACACCGGUGUCCUCGACUCUUUCCUCAUCGAAAUCACUCGCGACAUCAUGUACAAGAACGACGAUGACGGCACAGCCAUUGUCGAGAAGAUCAUGGACUCUGCUGGCCAGAAGGGUACCGGAAAGUGGACUGCCAUCAACGCUCUCGACCUCGGCAUGCCCGUUACCUUGAUCGGAGAGGCCGUCUUCGCUCGUUGCCUGAGUUCGCUCAAGCAGGAGCGUGGCCGUGCCGCUGGACUGCUGGAUGGACCCAGCCCCAGCUUCUCUGGUGACCGCAAGGCCUUCAUCGACAACCUCGAGCAAGCUCUUUACGCCUCAAAGAUCAUCUCUUAUGCCCAGGGUUUCAUGUUGAUCCAGAACGCGGCCAAGGAGUACAACUGGAAACUGAACAAGCCAGAAAUCGCGCUCAUGUGGCGUGGUGGCUGCAUUAUCCGCUCCGUCUUCUUGAAGGACAUCACCAAGGCCUACCGCGCCAACCCCGACCUCGAGAACCUUCUCUUUGACGACUUCUUCAACAAGGCUAUCCACAAGGCACAGUCUGGAUGGAGAGACGUCGUCUCCAAGGGUGCUCUCUGGGGUAUCCCAACCCCUGCUUUCAGCACAGCACUCAGCUUCUACGACGGAUACCGCGCCAAGGACCUGCCCGCCAACCUGUUGCAGGCACAGCGUGAUUACUUUGGCGCACACACAUUCAGGAUCAAGCCAGAAUGCGCCAACGAGACAUACAAGGAGGGCCAGGACAUCCACGUCAACUGGACCGGAAGGGGUGGAAACAUCUCGGCUUCCACCUACAACGCAUAA